GUACAGAUUAACCCACCUCUCCUGACUGAGUGGGGAAACAAACUCGGGAACAGACGGAGAUGAAGUGGUUGCGUUUUUCUCUCCUCGUCUUGGGGAUAUUCUCGCUGUACUGCGCCACGUCUGGUGACAGCAGUGGCGUGAAGAAGAUGAAGAUGCAGUUUGCCACGGGACCCCUUCUCAAGUUUCAAAUUUGCAUUUCCUGAGGGUACAAGCGGGUGUUUGAGGAGUACACGCAGGCUUUGUACCAGCGGUACCCGGACAUCCGCAUUGAAGGGGAGAACUAUCUGCCCAUACCCCUCUAUCGACACAUUGCUUCCUUCCUGUCUAUGUUCAAACUGUUGGUGAUUGGGGUGAUAAUUGUCGGCAGAGACCCAUUCGCCCUAUUUGGUAUGCAAGCCCCGGGCAUCUGGGAGUGGGGCCAAGGAAAUAAGAUUUAUGCUUGCAUGAUGGUGUUCUUCUUCAGCAAUAUGAUUGAAAACCAGUUAAUGUCUACAGGAGCUUUUGAAAUCACACUAAAUGAUGUGCCAGUGUGGUCAAAACUCGAGUCGGGUCACCUGCCCUCCAUGCAGCAGCUUGUGCAAAUCCUGGACAAUGAGAUGAAGAUGAACGUUCACAUGAACACAAGACCGCACCACUCCUAACCCUACUCUUCACAUCCUGGCUGGAGCUAAAAGCCCCUCCAUGAUUGAGGUGGGUUUCUCAUCGGGCUGUGAAGUGAUAUUUAUGAAGGUCUGUGCUGAAGGCAGGAAGACUGCUAGCACAGGCUGGAUGCACCCAUCAGUCUUCACCAUGCCCCUUAGAGACGUCCCGCCCCAACACCAGGGUGGGAUUCGUGGCAACAGCGCCGGCCGUUUUGUCAUUUUUCUUGUACUAUUCGUACUACUGCAUAUUCAUCCAGGUGACAUGAGUGGUCUUAUGAGGAGAGAUUUAACAUUGAUUACUUAGAGUCUUUAACUUGUUGCAUACAACUGAUCUGUGUGAGUAAAUAUUCAUGUCAUUUGUACCAUUGAGCCAUAAGUAGAAUUUUAAGUUUAUUGUUCUAAAAGUAGCUUAAACAUGUAGAAAAUGCAACACUUAAAAAUCUGUCAUCAUUGUUGUGAAAGUAACAGCUGUGUCCUGGUAUGAUUUCUGAAUAAUUUUUAUAUUUACAUAACUUGGACAAAGUGAGAAGAUUAAUAAAACUUACUGUAACUAUUUAA